AUAGCAAAGGGAAAGUAAGCAACUGAGAAAGAAAAGAGGAAAGAAAAAUGAAGGCUUGCUGCGGAGGAAAGAAGCAAUUCUAAGAACCAAGCAGAAAAAAGAAAGAAAAAGAAACGAUAGAGAGGUUAGCUACUCACAAGUAUUGUAUCCAACUUUCUCUCAUUUUCUCGGAGGAGAGAGAAAGCUAGAAACUUUAUAACCGAUUUUCUCCGAUCUGCUUACUAUUUAUCAAUAAACACCCAGCCAUUAAAUGCUUUAGAUCCGAGUUUGCUACCCAGCAUUCUUCGCAUUGUAACUGACGUUCAAAGUGAUUUUUUGUUUCCAAUUCGGGAUCUUAUUCCAUUCAACGAGCCUUCAGCUAUAUCAUAGAAGAAAUUUUGACUUGGGUUUUUGGAUAAAGUCAAGUCAAGCUGCGUUCACUGAACUUCAAACGGUGAGUUAUAGCUUUGUUUUGGAAAUUUAAGCUUCAGUGGAAGGCUAAAACAGCUAAGAGCAGUUGAAAUUGAGGAGGUUUUGAGGGUGGAUGGUGAAAUGUUACGGUUUGGUACCGCGGGAUCAUUUGGGUGACGGGAAUUUAGGGUUUUCAGAAAUUUUAUUGCAGGGCCAAGGAAAUGAUAUCGUGCUCAUUGGAUAUGGAUGUUCGACUUCCACAUUUUUUAAUGGUACAGUUGAUUCGGUUUUUCUGACUUGUGUGUGUAUAAUUGCACUGUAUUUGGAUUGCUGGAGGUGGGAUUAAGUUAAUGGAAUUUGUGAAGAUGGCAAUUUGAAAGCAAGGUUCAGUUGUUUUAGUUGGAUGCUAUAGUUGGAUGCAAGUGAUGGACAAUUGGAUUCGGAAAAAGGGUUAUUUCAGUUGUGGUUGCAAGGAGAGGUUCAAGUAAUUUUUUUGGAAGUUUAGUUUGUAGAGGAGAUGCCUCCUUCUCCGGCAUUGAGAUAUUCUCCUGGGAGGGAGCCCAGAGCGGAGAACCAUAAGCGAGGCCGCAGUCUUGAAGGUGGAUUGUUCUUCAAGGGGAAAGAUGAUGAUCUCGCUUUGUUCAAUGAAAUGCAGUCCAGGGAAAGAGAAAAUUUUUUGUUCCAGUCAUCCGAUGACCUUGAAGACACAUUUUCCACAAAGUUGAGACACUUUUCAGAUUUCAAGCUUGGAAUCUCAAUUCCUAUUCGUGGAGAAAGUAGCGAACUGCUUAAUGCAGACAGGGAGAAGAAUGAUUAUGAUUGGUUAUUAACUCCUCCCGACACUCCUCUUUUUCCUUCAUUGGAUGAUGAGCCACCUCCGGUUAAUGUUGCAUCCAGGGGUAGACUUCGGAGUCAGCCUAUUACUAUAUCAAGGUCAUCCACGAUGGAGAAAAGUUACAGAAGCAGUAGGGGCAGUGCAAGUCCAAAUCGCUUAAGUCCAUCACCUCGGUCUGGUAAUAGUUCGGUUCAAUCCAGGGGAAGGCCAUCACCAGUACCUCAUUCUAGUCCAACUCAUAGCCAACGACCUGCCACUCCAUCACGUAGACCUUCUCCUCCCCCUAAUAAAGCUUCAACGCCUGCUCCAAGGUCUUCAACUCCAACUCCAAGGAGGACAAGCACAGGUUCAGGAGCAAGGGGAACUUCCCCUAUAAGGACAAGCCGUGGGAACUCUGCUUCACCAAAAAUAAGGGCAUGGCAAUCCAAUAUCCCUGGUUUCUCUUCUGAAGCACCUCCCAAUCUCCGCACUUCUCUGGCAGAUCGACCAGCAUCGUAUGUAAGGGGUUCCUCACCAGCAUCUAGAAAUGGUAGGGACUCGGGCUCAAGAUUUAGCAGGCAAUCAAUGUCUCCAACUGCUUCUAGAAGUGUUAGUUCAUCACAUAGUCAAGAUCGUAUUAGCUCACGCAGUAGAGGUUCUGUGGCAUCAUCUGGUGAUGAUGAUGUGGACUCUGUGCAAUCCAUUCAUGUGGGUAGUUUGGACCGCUUGGCUUCAAAGAGGACUGAGACAUUUCCAAAUAAUAAAGCUACGGCAUUUUCUAAGAAAUCAAUGAGAAUAACGUCUCCAAGUUCUGUUCCAAAAAGAUCCUUUGACUCUGCUCUUCGUCAAAUGGAUCACCGGAAGGCUCCUCAGAACAUGUUCAGGCCACUUUUAUCUAGUGUGCCAAGUUCUACCUAUUAUGUCGGAAAAACAAAUUCUGCACAUCGUCCUUUGAUAUCCAGGAAUUCUUCAGUUACAACCAGCAGUAAUGCAAGUUCUGAUCAAUGUACCAGUGGUGCACCUGAUACUGAAGGAAGUGACCACCACCAGGAAGACAUGACAAUUCAAAUUGGGGAAAAAACAAAUUCUGAUGUGCAGGAAGAAGUAUUUGCCUUUGAUAAGGUGGAUAUGUUAAAUAAGAAUGUCAAGCAUGAUGUAGGUAACGAGUCAGACUUUCGAGUUGGUGAUUCCCAUAGAAACCCUGCAACUGAACGUCAACCUAAUGACUCUGAAGAGUUCAGUCACCAGGAGAUUGAUAUUGAAACCAGUUCUGCUUCUGACACUUUAUGUGUCAAAGCUGAUUUUUCGGAAGUCGAUAGUACUGAAAACAUAAAAGUUUGUUCCAGAUGUGGUUGCAAAUAUCAUACCAUUGAAAUGAUAGAAAAGGACAUCAAUCUUUGUCCAGAUUGCAGUAGACAAGAUAGUAGUGUGGCUGCCUCAAGUCUGGAGACAAUAACAGUAGCUCCUGAGACUUCCUCAGGGUUUUCCUUGAAUUUUUCUGAAGAAGACAAGCGACAUGAUGAACUUGAGACUCAGGUGUCCAUACUCAAGUUGCAAUCCCAAGUUAUUGAUGAAGUAGAGUCAAGGAUUAUUCAGCAAGGAGAUGGUGUUAAAUGUGGCCAAGCUCCAUCCAAUGAGCGAAGCAAUAUGUAUGCCCAGGAAAGUUCUCUUCUUAGGUCACUAAUGGAGGGAGAUGAGCAGAGGAUUGCUAGCCAGCAUGGAGCUGAGCAGCCAACUGGUAGUCACAGACUGCCUGAUAGUGACUCUGGAGGUCAGCAAUUGCUGCGAUCUGGUGACUCUCGAAGUCUCAAGGUGGACGUUUCAGAAGGUGCUGGCAUUUCUGUACUGCUUAAGAGGUCAAGCAGCAUCAAGGGGCCUGUCGUGCAAGCUAGAACUUUUGUUGCCUCUAGCAUCACUUAUGAUGAUUUCUCUUAUACUAGAGAUAGUGCAAACAGUUUGAGAAGCUCAUUUGGACAUGGCAGUACCUCUGCUUCAUCCUCUGUUGACUUUAGCUCAGGCAGGCAUGUCGAAACUCGUGUUCAAAGGCAGUUAAGUGGCAGGAAAUCUGACAUGGAGAACAACAGACAUGACACAAAUACUAGACCUCAAAGCACCGGAUCAUCUUUGUCUGGAACUUCAAACCACACUAACCAUGCUUUAGGUCUUGCGACCAGCACCUAUGAAGAGAACAUUGAGGCUGUUAUUGGUGAUAUGAAGAAUGAAGUAAUGGAAGGAGCAAAUCAAACUUCUCAUGGAAAAGUGGUGGCUUCAGAAAAUAAAGAAAUGAGGGUUUCUAGUGCAUCUUUUACUGGUGCAAUAGCAACUGAAGAAGAUUUAUAUGACCAUAAUGGCAGUAAUAGAUUAACGGAUGCUUCUACCUCGAGUUUGUCAUGCCAUACAGUUGGUGUUCUGCUAGAGGAGAAUUCAGUAGCAUUGCUUCCAACUUAUGAAGACUCUCAUUUGCAUGAAAAUGAAGAUAAUUUUCCAAAUAAUGCUAGCAGUGUCGCAGGUGUAGAAGCAUCAGUUAUUUCUCCAGAUCCCCCUGUUGAAAUGGAACAGACCAUGUUGAACUCUAGUGUUGAUGUACUAAAUGAUGUUGGGGUGCCCACUCAUAGUUCUCUGGCCUCAAUAUCAGAAAUUGAAACUGAGAACUUGCGUCAAGUUUCCCCUGGCUCAGAGAAUGAUGAUGUCUCCACAAAUUCAAAGAGCACCAUAAAUGAAUUUCAGGAUCAUUCAAUCCCAACACAUUCAGACAAGGAAAUGUCUACUUCUGUUCCGGAGCAUGGCAACUCAGAUCACCUACAUGUCAUAUUCGAGGAUUCAACUGUAAUGGUUCAGGAAGGAAGUAAAGCAAGAAGCCUAACCCUUGAAGAAGCAACGGAUACAAUACUUUUCUGUAGCUCCAUUGUCCAUGAUCUGGCCUACCGCGCUGCAGCUAUAGCCAUUGAAAAAGAAGACUCGGUCCCUUUGGAAGGUUCUCGGCCAGCAGUUACAGUUCUGGGAAAAUCCACUGCUGACAGAAAGGAUUCACGCAGCAGAAAUACAGGGAAACGCACAUCAAAAUCCAUGAAAGUCAGACAGAAGAAGGUGGAAUCGGAUACAAAAUCCCCUUCUAGCAAGACCGAGAACGAUGAGAAUGCCAAUGAAUCUAUGGUGCGUAAUGUUGGCCUUCCUAAUAAAAUGGACAGUGCAAAGCCUCCAAAGCUGGAAUCCAAGUGUAAUUGCACAAUAAUGUGAAAGCGUUUCAUUCACAGUGUGCCAACAGUGCCCACCACAAAAAUCUGCUGCUCCCUCCAGCCAUAUGGAGGAGAAGCUGAGUGCUUGUAUGUUAAUGAUUUUAUUUGUGUGUUUGAAGGGCUGUUUAGAUUAUUGCCCAUCGGUUUCUGUUGGUUCAGAUUUAUUUGUAAGAAACACCACCAUGUGUUGGUGACAUAAUUGUAAAGUUUUUAUUUGUUGUUAGGUUUAUUAUUAGUCAAGGCAUUGGAGAAUUGUGCUUGUUCUGCUCCAGUUGCCACAUUCUUGCUA